AAGAAGAGGCCACCGUCCUGAGUGGUUAGCCUUGGCUGCUCAGUGGAGUGGCAGUUUUUUCCUCUCAGUGCUAUGAUUGACAGAGGCAGCAGAGCUUUACACGGGCAUGUCGGCACACUCGCUCGGUUGUUAUCGUAACAACAGAGAGCCCAGCAGCAUGGCGAGCCCAGAGAGAGCCCACAGCUCUCACACAAGAACAACAGCGCGUGUCGGGGUCUUCAGGAUAUUAUUUAUUGCUUUUAUCCACGCAGCGCGGGCAGACAAACAAGCUUUCAUUCAGUCAGACACAAUUCUAGAGGUCCUACAUUUUGGUGAGGGAAGCCUUUUACAGGCAGAGUCUGAUAUGGAUUUUAGUUUAUAUCAUCAACAGAGCACAUCCCCACACCGAGGGAACUGCAGACCUAUACGGUUUGAACCUCCAAUGCUAGACUUUCAUGAACAGCCUGUUGGAAUGCCAAAAAUGGAGAAAGUUUAUUUACAUAAUCCUAGCUCAGAAGAAAUUAGUUUGAUAUCAAUAUCAGCAACAACAGCACAUUUUCACGCCUCCUUUUUCCAAAAUAGGAUAAUCCCACCAGGAGGGAACACAUCUUUUGAUGUAGUUUUUCUUGCUCGAGUUGUUGGAAAUGUAGAAAACACUUUAUUUAUUAAUACGUCACAUCAUGGAGUGUUUACAUACCAGGUUUUCGGGGUGGGCGUCCCAAACCCCUACAGGCUGCGGCCCUUCAUUGGGGCCCGGGUCCCUGUAAACAGCAGCUUCUCCCCUCUAAUAAACAUUCACAACCCCUUCAGUGAACCACUGCAGGUUGUUGAGAUGUACUCCAGUGGCGGGGAUCUUCAUUUAGAGCUUCCCACGGGCCAACAAGGAGGUACCGGAAAGCUUUGGGAGAUCCCUCCUUUCGAGACAAAGGGGGUGAUGAGAGCCAGCUUCUCCUCCAGAGACGCAGACAACCACACGGCUUUCAUCAGGAUCAAAACGAAUGCUCCAAACGAAGACCAGUUCAUCAUCCUCCCUGUUGAGGUUGAGGUCACAGCAGCUCCUGGUAUUUACUCCUCCACAGAAAUGCUUGAUUUUGGUACGCUUCGAUCACAAGAUCGCCCCAAACUCCUGAAUCUGCAUCUUUUAAAUUCAGGAACAAACGACGUUCCGAUCACGAGCGUACGGACGACUCCUUCAAACGAAGCCGUCACCAUAGAUUUCAAAGCAGUUACACUCAAAGCGGGAGAGAGCAGAUAUACUAAAGUUGCGACGAUCAGUUUUGAUGCCUCAAAAGCAAGAAGACCUAAUCAGUUUUCUGGUAAAAUUACAGUUAAAGCAAAAGAAAAGAGUUAUUCUAAGCUUGAAAUCCCAUACCAAGCAGAGGUUUUAGAUGGCUACCUCGGGUUUGACCACACAGCUACGUUGUUCCACAUCAGAGACAGUCCUGUGGGUCCAGUAAACAGACCGAUUUUCCUCACAAACGCCUUCGGCUUUGCUAUCCGGAUACACAACGUGUCGCUGCCUGAAGAGGCCAAAACGAUGUUCGAAGUGCAGAACUUCAGCACGCCCAUCCUCAUCCCUCCAAACGAAUCCCGGUACAUCUUUUCCCUCCUUUUUCGGGCGGUCAGACCUUCCAUUCACAUAGACAGCAACAUCUUGCUGAUCACUAAUGCGUCCAAGUUUCAUCUGCCUGUCCGGGCCUACACCGGCUUCUUAGAGCCCGUCGUGUUGCCACCCAGUGUGAAGGAGAACGUCCUGGACUUUGGGAUCCGCAGCGCCACAGACACCAGCAACAUCAUAUUUGUGGUUGUCAACAGCAACCCCAUCGAGCUGGAGAUAAAGUCCUGGCUGGUCACAGGGGACAGUCUCUCCAUGGAGCUGCUAAAGACAGAGAAGGGAAACACGACGGCAGCCCUUAGUCGCCUGCUGGAGCUGCAAAACACUUCAGCCUCACAUCACAAAACAGUGAUACUAGCAUCUGGCUACUACGCAGCUUUCAGAGUGACGUUAGUUGCCAAGGCACUGGAAGGCGUAUAUGAUGGCGCCAUUCACAUCACAACAGAUUAUGAGAUAUUAACCAUACCAGUGAAAGCCAUCAUCGCGGUGGGGACAUUAAACAGCUCACCGAAGCACAUCACUUUGCCUCUUUCAUUUCCAGGAAAAGUUGUUCACCAAAGCUUCAACAUCCAGAGCUCUUUCACGCAGAAAGUCCGUCUGCAGCAGAUCCGCUCGCUGACGGAGGACAUCAGGUUUUAUUACAAGCGACUGCGCAACAACAAAGAUGAGCUGGAGCCCCGACGCAAAUCAAAGGUGGCAAAUAUUUAUUUUGACGCCAGCUUGCAGUGUGGUGAUCAGUGUUAUGUGGGCCUGCCAUUUGUGCUUAAAUCUGAAUCGAAGCCCCAUGGGCUGGCGUUACAGGAGGACAUGUGGGAUGCUGAUGUAGACCUUCAUCAGAAACUCCUUAAACGGUGGAGGGAGAUCAAAGAACGAUCAGGACACAAAAUUGAAGCAGUCUUUGAAGUCAACACGGACCUCCAGAAGAACAUUGAAGCUAAAGUAACGGCCCAUCUGACCUGGCCUUCCCUCGUUAACUCCUCCCAGAGAAUCACAUUCCCCCUGACCAGCACCAACAGCUCCUCCGAAGAGGAGGUGGUUCUGCAGAACCCAGCAGACGUCCCCGUCUACGUCCAGGUCCUCCCUCUGGCCCUCCUUCCCAACCCCUCCGUGUUUUCUGGAAAAUUAGCCGACAGGCUGCCAUUAGGAAAUUUGUCCAGCAUCAACAUCGAUACGUUAGAGUUCCAGGUGUUCAGAAAUCAAACAUCUCUAAUAAAGAGCAGCUCAGGGUUUGUUGAAGGCUCAAACAGGCCCUUUGUCUACAAUCUCAUGCUGCUGCCAGGGGAAAUAAAGUCAUUCAGCGUGAGGUUCACGCCCAUCAGCAACCACAGCGUCUCCUCUCUGCUCAUAGUCAGGAACAACCUGACGGUGAUCGACACGAUCGUGCUUCAUGGGCGAGGUACGACAGAGAGCCUGAAGGUUGCAGGGAAGCCGCCGGGGCAGGGAAGCUCGCUGAGGUUUAAGAUGACUGAGGCUCUGCUGAAGGACUGCACAGAAAAAAUAAAAGUCAAAGAGCCAAACUUCACUCUCAGAAGGACGUUCAGAGUGGAGAACACUGGAUUGCUCCCCAUCACCAUCAAAUCGGCAGAAAUCAACGGGAAAGCCUGCGAAGGAUAUGGAUUCAAAGUUCUCAACUGUCAGGAGUUUGUACUUAAGCCAAAUACUUCAAAAGACCUCAUCAUACUGUUUACACCCGACUUCACCACUUCUCGGGUGAUCCGGGAGCUGAAGCUGGUAACACAAGGCGGCUCGGAGUUUGUGUUCAUCCUGAACGCCUCGCUGCCCUACCACAUGUUAGCUGCUUGUGCUGAAACUCUGCCCAGACCCAGCUGGGAGCUGGAGCUCUACAUCUUGGUGUCAGUCGUUAUGAGCUCCAUGUUUCUGUUGGUGAUCGUCACGGCGUACCUGGAGGCUCAGAGCAUCUGGGAGCCUUUCAAGAGACGCGUCUCUGUAGAGCCCAACUCUGGCAUGGAGACUGGGAGACCGUUCAACCUCAGGGAAAUAGUUUUAAAUGACUAUAGCGACUCAUCGCAGAACCCCAGGGGGUUUUACUCAUCCAGUAAUGGAUCAGCAAAGGUCGGAGGUCGACAUGGCAACGGCCGUACCUUACCAGAACCCGACCUCCAGGACAAGAGGCCCAGAAUCCCUUUUGGCACCAAAGGAAGUUCGUCCUCCAGCCAAGAUGGCGCCCAAGCUCCCUGCCAGUUAAUUAAUCGGAAAGCUCGUAACAUAAAACAGCUGGAUCUCCAGAGUCCAGCUUUAGCUGGAUCGCCGCUGCAGGAGGAUCCAGAAUAUUCCAGCCUGAUAGGAGCCAUGGACAACGAUCUUGACCGUCCAGAGUCCCUUGGUACCAUCCAAAGCAAAGUGUUGGACCCCAAAGGGAAGCAGCGUUCAAAAACAAAAGCCCCAAGAAAGAAGGAAGAAAAGGAGAAAAAAUCAAGAUUAAAGACUCAGGGAGACGAGCUGAAAGAGAACCUGGCAGACAACGACGACAGCUCCUCCACCACCACAGAGACCUCAAACCCAGACGUGGAGACAAACCUCAAAGAGGAACCAGUGAAAAAGAAAGGAAGAACAACAACUGGAAAAAUAAAAGAGGACACUUCAAAUUUCCAAGGCAAAGCCAAAGAAAGAAAACAAGAGGCUUCAAAGAAAGAGACCCAGACAGAAAAAUCCAGUUCUCUGGAGCUGCCAUAUGUAACACCGCUGGAAAACAAGCAACGCAGGAGCUUUGCACCCAAACCUCUUCACCCCCUUAUCACAAAGACGAGACCUGCACAGAAACAAAGAAUAGAGGGGAAGCCAGAAGACGGGCGGCCCUUGCUUUUGGCUAAGCUGUCAUCCAGCUCCUCUGUACCAGAGCUGGGUCACAGCAGCAGCUCUGAAGGGGAGAAGGACUACGCCCAUCCAGAGUGGGAUAUCCCUCUUCCUGAUAGCAUGCCAGCAGAUAGUCUUCAGCAGAUUGCCAUGCAGACAUUAAAUGCAGAUCCUUUCCUGAAGAGUUCUGCCCCAGCUGGGACCUGCUCCCCUCCACCAACCUCUCCAGGUUCCCUCUUCAGAAGCCCCUACAGCAACGUGGUGAACAACAGUGAGUUAAACCUGAAAAAGGCUCCAGGAAAUAAGCUUUCUACAGGCACUCCAGUCCCAGGAAAAAACGGGAACCCCACCUUUGCUGCUGUAGCUGCAGGUUAUGACAAAAGCCCAGGUGGCUCAAGUAAAGGAGACCCCCCUGGGAAGACUCUGGCAAACAUGACGUCAGUGGAGAGCGACAGCUCAGACAGCUCUGGAUUAUGGAGUCCAGUCGACACCGCCGGCAGCCCGAACUACCAGUCUGACAAUUCUUUUUCCGCUUUCGGCCCCAACAGCUCCUUCAACCUGACUAGAGUUUUCAGUGUAAUGAAUCUUUCAAAGCCAUCCGAGCCUCAGCCCAGCUGGCCAGAGUUCACCCCGGUCUCCUCCACCCCCUGGGACAUCCCCAGCAGCGACCCUCUGCACUCCUGGCCCAGCAGUUCCAGCCCACCGACCGCUCCGACCGCAUCAUUCCUGGGAAACGCUUGCAAUCCGUGGUCUGCCACCACGCCCUUCAGCAGCUCCAUCUGGUCAACAAGCGCAGAUUCAACGCUACACCCUUUCUCUCCGUCAACCAGUUCAGCCGCUCUGACUAAUCUGGUCAGCAGCCCCACCCCGUCGUCGCCGACGGCUUCCACCGAGAUGAGCAGGACCUUCAACCCCUGGAGCGCGUGGCGUCCCACCCUGAGCAGGCGCAGCUCAGAGCCCUGGCCCAGCUCCCCUGAUAACGCCAACUAAGACGCACCUUACAGGAGUUCUGUUUGCCAGACGAGUCUUUAAACGAUCAGAGAUCAGCCCCUCUCAGAAGCAGCAUUAUGACGCAUUUGAUUAGCCCAGAAACCUUUAUUUCUCUGCAGCUUUUUAUUCCCACAAGGCAGUGAUGCUUAUUUUUAUUUGGGUUUGUUUUUAACAGGAGAUCCUGAAAUAAAAGCGGAUGACAUAGAAAGUCUAAUAAUGCUGCAUUCCUCCUUUAAAGUUCUCGGUUCUUAUUGGUUUCUUAUUAAAAGUCCAUUUGAGGAGCCAAAUUACUUCCAUUCUUACUGGCAUCAUUGCACUUUGCUUUUAUUUGGCAGAAGGGAUCUUUAGAAAUCUAAAAUUGGAUUAUUAUUUUUAAUAGUCAUCAUCCCAUAAAAGUUUUGGGUAUAUUCAUGUUGUCCAUUUUUAAAGUGGAAUUAUUUGGUCCAGAGAUAAAGGAAAACAGAUUCCUCAGCUCGGGGUUUGAACUGUUCUCAUGUCGCCUUGUUUGUCAGCAAGUUUAAUUAAAGGUUUUCAGCAGAAA